GGAAGGCUAGGGUAUUACACAUCUGUUGCCGCUGGUUUCAAUGAAGUUAUCUCCUCUGCUGCGUUUUGGUGACAUCAGUUAUCUGCCAUGGUGGUAUCCCAUGCAAAUGGUGACAGUUCGUUCCCUUUGCUGGGUGACAAAUGCAAUGGGUGGGUACUGACUGUCUCUCCCAAGCCCUGUUUUAAUCCUGUGGCCACUGCCUAUGAAGGCUUGGUUGGCAUUUACUUCUGUAGAUCAGAAGGGCUGACCAGUUGUUUCGGCGGGAUCGUUAGUUCUGAGUCAUAGCGGUUUGGCUGUGAGAAGCAGUAGAACGAGAGCUUUAAUGCAGCCCAUCCCGGCUCAGUGUGUGUUCUGAGAGGCCCGGACUGUUCGCCCAGAUCCACGUCAGCUCUGCAUUGCCUAGUGAUCCUGAGCAAACAGCAUUUAGACAGUUUACGACUCCCUGUGCCUGCGCAGCUGAAGAGGUCAGAGAUUUGAUCUCUCCGAGCCCGCCGCCAUGUUGGAUCCUCUCGGGAGGUCCAAAAGUGAGGAUUCUUAAAAGUCAUUUUUCAUUGAAGGAUUAUAGGAUUUUCAAAUGAUAUAGAAACUAUAAUAGCAUAUCAAAUACUACUAAGAUACCAAACCAUACCCAGCUAAAAAAAGUUAAGUCUUGGUCAAUUACCUUUGACUUUCCACUCUGUGACAUGGGCACUUGGUCUUACCACUUAUUUCAAUGUGAGAAAGUUUUGCACCAUUCACAUCAUCAUUCCUCAGAUCACCAGAGAUGAUGAUGACAGAUGCAGUACCCCAUGUGAUUCCUGAACAUUUUGAGAGUUCAGGAACAGCUAUUUGUACACUUACUCACAACUUGUAAUAUAAUUUCCUGCAAAAAUUUUAGUACAAAAUUUUUUUUUUUUGUAAGAUGCAAGUAUUGUGUUUUAGAAAAUCAGUAGCAUCCUUUAAUUGGAAACUGGUGAACUGAGUGUGGUUGUGCACACCUAGAAUCCCAGUAGCUCGGGGGGCUGAGAUAGGAGGAUCAUAAGUUCAAAGACAGCUUUAGCAAAAAGUGAGGUGCUAAGCGAGGUGUGCAGUGAGACCCUGUCACUAAAUAAAGUACAAACUAGGGCUAAGGAUGUGGCUCAGUUGUCAAGUGCCCUUGAGUUCAAUCCCUUAUACCCCCCCACCAAAUAAAAAGAUUAAUAUUUCCUUUUUGACAUGUUACCCUAGGAAAUGGGAAUCUUCAUUCCAAAGAAACUAUUGUGUAUAAUUUAUUAACGGAGACAUGUCAAUUUGCUUGACAAAAGGAUUCACCAUCAUAGCACCAUAAGGAGUUUGAAGGAGACAUCAGAAAACUCAAGGAGAGAUGCUAUGAGCAUCCAGGGAGUCUAAAAGAUGAUUCCUAUGAAUCCCAGCAGCAUCUAUGGAUCAAAUACAACCAGUAAACACUCUCAUGAUUAAAAUGAUUAUUAUAGUGGAAAAAAACUCUCUCUCUUGGUAAACAUCACUGGACAACCCCAAGGGUCUCCCAGGACCCCCCACAAAUCACUCAGAUUGCCCCAACCUCAGCACUGUAACUGAAAGCCACUCUGAUUCACUGGUACUUAUGCCAAUGCAGUUGUACAAUAUUUUGAAUAUCACUCCUUGGUAUCAUCAAAACUGCUUCUUAAAUAAGAAUCUUUCUCCCUCUUAAAAUUUUAGACACUUUUCCCUUGAAUUAUUUGACAGUGUUUUCUACCUAAAAAAUACUAGCAGCUGAAAGUAAGAUCCAGCUCCAUGAAAUGCAUCUCUUUCCUAUGAUAGGUUUUCAUCAAAUUAUGUAUAGUAAAAUUUAAUUUAGAAUUCAUACACAGCCUGAUUAAAGUUCUAAGCUGUGACACUAAAAGUUUUUAAACUAUAGAGAUACAGGAUUUGCUCAUGGAUGGUGCAAAACUAUAUGUUACAAACACAAUUAAUCACUCAUUUUUUUGAAACCAUGUAUUAAUAAUCUCUUUACUCAUUCCAAAAAGAAUAAUGAUUCAACCAUAAAAACUAUACAGAGAUCAUUAAUGACAAAGAAAAAUUUUGGUUCUAUUCCUGGAGGUACUUGCAUUUAUUAAACUACACAACAGUGCAGCACUGCAAUUCCCCUAAAAAUUAUAGAGAAGACCACAAAAGGUGAUCAUUUAUCCUUCUGCUUAACUUUAAACUGUAUGAGUUGGUUACAAAUUGCUACUACCCAGUCAGUAAGAAUUUGUCACAGGGAAAAUAAUUAAAAUCACCAUAUAGAUUUUUUGAAGGAAAAUAUCUGCAUUUGAAGACAGAAAUAAAAGUCUUAAUUUUCAAAAGAAAAUGAUCAGCUAUUUGCAAAUUUACAAUUCACUAAAGCCAGAUCACCAUGAUUUCAUUACCUAAAAUAUAUAACAGUGCCAUGAAAUUUUACUCACCAAACAACAGCUUAGAACAUAGCCACACAGUUAAAGGGAUUUGACAAUAAUGGUCAAUAACAAAGAACUAUGCACAAAACAACUGGUCAAAACAGGAACAGUCAGAUCUCUGAAGAUGCAGGGAGACACACAGAUGCCCAAGAAAGGCUGUUUCCAUGAGCACAACAGGCAGCCAUACAGAUCACAUUGCACUUGAAUUUCUGUUUUCAAGUUCAAGAUAUGAUGAGGUGCUGGGUAAAGCAGAAGGUCAACCCCAAGGGAAUCACAAAUGAAAGUCAUUGACUUAUCUCCACAAACACGAUUUCCAAUACCUGUAAGAGCCACCAUCCCAUAGCAGCUGAGCACACUAAAUACUCCAGUCUAAAGUUUCUUGCCCCUUCCAGCUUCUCUACCUUGUUAGCCAGCAUCUCCUGCAGGGUAUGCAACAAGAGGGACUGCUCCAGCUCAAAGCUGUAGAUGGUAAGGCCCUGGGGGAUAUUCUGCAAGGAAAGAGGGAGAGGUGUAAAUAUGUCACCAGGGUCAAGCAUCCAGACCCCAUCUACCCUGGUUUCCUCCAGCUGCUUCACAGAAAAUGUGAAGAUGUUUGCUACCUCUGCACUGUCAGCUGACCAUCUCCACAAGUCACUGUCAUUACUUCUCUUGUUUCAUACAUUAUUAAACUCAGGGUAACAAGUGCUGUCAUGCCCAGAUUGUGUAUCCUGACACAUUCUGCAUUGGAGCUUUGUCUGUAGUUCCUGAGGAUCCCUACGACAGGGACUAUUACUACCACCAGAAAAAAGAAAGCAGAGAAGUCAGGCCACUUUUCCAAAGUCACACAGUCACAAAACUAUUCAAGCCAGGAUUGAAAUUUGGACUAUUCCAUCUCUCACAUAUUGGUUUCUAACCCAUCAAGCAUUCUGCUGAUUUAAAAAAGAAAAUUUAAGGCUGGUCAAGUGGGAGGCACUAACACCUGUGUAAUGUGUCUGUGCAGAGAGAGGGAUAGCAGAAAGGAGUCUCCAGGGGCCACCACACCUCCUUCAGAGAAAUAGAAAGCAGCAGGCAAGGCUGGGUGGAAUCUGCAUUGGCCAUUGCCACCACUGGGGGACCAAGAACAAGGAGGAAGAGCCAAGGUGCAAGAGCAAAGUCUGAAAUGGAUGUUACAUAAAUCAUUUAAAGAGCUGCACAUAACUAUGAACAUUUCUGAAGCCUUUUCUCAGUGAAGUAUAUCAAGAUGAAUGAACCUACCUUCUUGGAUCUUUUGGAAUGUCCUAUGUGUUUAGAAUGCCUGGGUUCUUCUGCAAAAGUCUUACUUUGCCAGCACAGGUUUUGCAAAGGAUGUUUUCUGGGAUAUAGGUUCCCUCAGUUAUUCAUACUGAAGGGCUCUUGUUCGCUCCUGUGAUGAACAUCCAGAUAACAUCUUGAUGGUCAGGCUUCUGGAUGGCAUCAAGCAGAGAGGCCUUGGAAACCUAGCUGGUGGGGGCAUUGGGGCCAACUGCACAAAUGCAUUAAGGGUUCAUGGCAGCACUAUGGCUAAUUGUAGUGCAAAAGAUCUAGAGAGUUCCCAGUGUGGAUAGCAGCCUCCAGUGUAAGCCUGGAGACCCCAGUGAGGGGUAUACCUGUUACCAUGUCCUCAAGCAUUACAUUACUAUGAAGGAAAGGAGCCUGGAGACUUUAAGUUCAGCAAAUGUGACAUCAUCAUUUGUUGACAACAUGUUGAUAAAAACUGGCUCCACAGGGUAAGUCAAUGGGAUCCAUGGCUUUUUUUACAACCAACUUAGUGCAGAUUAUUAAACCAUUGUCUCAGCCCCCACCUCAGUGCAAAGCACUUUAUGCCUUUGAAGUGAAAAACAAAAAAGUAGCAGAUAAUGACUGCCUUCUAUCUGUUAAGGAUGAUGUUCUGACUGUGAUCCAGAGAAUGGAUGUAAGCUGUGCUGAACGAAUGCUGGAAGACAAAAUAGCAAUAUUUCUGAUUUCCUACAUUGAGUUUAACUUGGCUGCUAAGCAGCUGACAGAAUGGGAUAAGCCUCCCAUGCCAGUAGUUGAUGCUGAAACAUGUACUUCAGCAGCAGCCCAGAGCAGCUCUGCCCUAAAGCACUCCAACACCAAGAACAACACCAAAAAGCAUCCUUCACUUUCUUCACCAUGGCAAACAAGCCCUCUCAUGCAUCCCAGAACUGUCAGUCCAUGGAGAUCAGCCCUCCUGUCCUCAUCAGAUCCAGCAACCUUCAGCUGCCAUAAGGAUCAGAGAACUGUCUGUGCUUUCCUUCAGUGCCCUUUCUCAGAUUCACGUGCCCAUGGAACUAUGAAUCCACCCUUUCCAGUACCUGCUCUCCUGGCUGCCAUUGUCUUCACCUCCAUCCUGCCAGGUGCUAUGCCGCUUCUGCUGGAAUGGGUCCCAGUCUCAUGGCAGAAUCCACUGCUCACAGAUGAGAAGAUUGAAUAUUAUGAAGAUGUUAAUUCUCCCCUAAUUUAUCUACAGAUUUGAUGCCAUCUCAUUACAAAUUCUAGCAGUCAAUUUUGUGGAAAUGUGUAUAUUAAUUCUAAAUGCAUAUAUUAAUUAACAUAUAUUAAUUCCCAAAUUUAAGCAGGUAUACAUCAUCUCAGAACCUGGGAUCACAGUAUGGUAAAAAUAAUUAGAAAGUGAUGAAUUUUGAGUAUUAAUUAUUCCUGAUUUUUACAUGAUUUACUUAAUUUUUAAUAAUGCUUGGGUUUAACAAUGAUUGUCAAAAUUUAUAAAAACUACUCUCAUAAAUAAAUAAAUUUGGGCUGACUUUAGCAAAUCAAUGAUACCAGGUAUCCAGAGAAGUUUAAGUAUCUAUGAUUUUCUUACCAGCCAUUCUUAAGUACUGGAAGAAUAUUAGCCUAAUUAAGAGAAAGAAAGGGAAAAUAAAAUGAAAGAAACUUCAGCCCCUUCCCCAGAAUAUAUAAUUUGAUUUCAAGAGUAAGCAGGUUUUUGAAGUUAUAAAUAGGUCAAAUUUUUUUCUACUACCCGGCUGCCUUUCCUUAAAGAUUAUAGGUAAAGUCUAUGGAUUUUGAUGUGGAUAAAACUUCAUAUAAUGUUCUGCAAGCCAUUUAAGAAAAAGAGGAUCAUGAAGUGUUCAUGGUUCCUCUAAAACAAUAUACAUUUUUCCCAAAGUCUACUCCUCUGGCCCCAAAUUGAAAGUCAAUCAUUGAAGUUGCAAAUUGCAGACAAAGAUGAUUUAUAACUAAGGUAAUCUCAAAAGUCUAGAAAUUUGUUUACCCAUUACAUUAUAACAAGUCCAGAACCCUUUUAUCUAUCAGAUAAAUAUUGGUUGAUGAAUGAGCUCUCAGGAGAGCCCUAGAAAUGAGACUAUGCUGCAUUCUUGUAGGAGUUUUCCUUCCACCUAUUAUUCUCUAAUUUAAAGAUGACACUAGCAAAAAUUCCUUAAAUUUUAAUUGAUGGAAAGCAGCCUGUGUCUUGUGCAUUGUGUAGGUGCCAGUUUCUGAGGUUUCAGAUUAUAUAUAUGGAAAGAAAAGCCCCCCCUGGCUAACACAGGAGCUGAAACAAAGGGCAGUAAGAGCUAUUUUGUUCCAUGAAUAUUUUUUGGACAUGGAAUAUAAUGAAGAAUGAUGAUUUGACUGAAGAUGGAUUUAGAAGGAGUAGUAUUUAAAUAAGAAAAAAUAUUUUUCUAAUGAAAAAUGAUGAAGAUCUCACUGCUCUGAACCAUUGGAGAAAUGAAUCCUAUUUUAAACCAAAGAUAAUACUGUAAACAGGUCAGAUUUUAUGUUAAUAUGAAUCUAUAAUUUUCUUCUUCCAUGCACUUGAGUUCAACAUAUUUAUAGAACACAUCUGCUGUGUUGUGUAACCUUCUGCCUGAGUCCUGACUCCUCAGGUUUCCAUAUCUGACAUACCUAUAACAUCUCAAGUUAUUGAGGUCAACCUGAGGAUCCUAAGUCCAUGAAAAUAAAACUCUUGUUCACAUUCUGCAAUUAAAAACAAGUUAAAAGGAAAGGAUUCAUAACAUAGGGUAACUACUUUUUGAAAAGUCAAGAGACUGUGCUAUUUGAUUUCAAUUUUAAACCAUCAUCUUUAUAUGUUUAGGGCUUUAAUUUAUGGAACGACCAGGCAAUCUUUAUAUUUAACAUUAAAUACCUGAAUAUUGUUUCUGUGAAA